GUCCUGUGCGUUCAAGGAACCUUUCCAUGCUGUCAUUUGGGUGAAGGACCUAGGCUACGGCUCGGCUGUCCUCCAUUACACUGGCCAUUUCCACUGAUGACCCGAUAGAUCCUCAAUCACGAGAAAAAGACAGAAGAGGCUCUGAGUAGUCAAGGCAACUUUCGAAAAAUUUAACAACUUGAAUUGACUAUACCGCUUUUGUGUUCUCCAAAAGUCAUGGGUGUGAAAGUGCUCCAGUGUUUCCCGUUUUACAGACGCUGCAAGGAGCGAUGCAAGGGACGACAGUGCCCCCCAGAGUCAGUGUCCAGUGAGUCCGAGAUGAAGCCUCGUCUGUCCUCCACGGCCUCGUGGGGCAGUGAGAGCGAGAGCCACAGCCCUGGAGGCACCCAGGUCUACUUCUCCCACAAGGCCCGCCUCUCCUUCCGACACCAGAUGGACAGCAACAUUAACGCAGUGGACGCUACCUACUGAGAACACACACACACACACGUAUGUGUGUGUGUGUGUGUGUGGGCUGCACUACUGCCAUUACCAUCACCUUAACUCCCUGCUAAACUCAUCUGAAGCAAAGGACUUGACCUUUCACCUUUCUGACAACAGCAUGCUGGGAAGAGAAGAGGACAGGAGAGGAGAGGAGAUGUGUGGAGGGUCUGGCAAAAAGUCGGUCGUUUUUGUAAAAGUCUUGACAGACUACAUCGAGAUGAAAACAGACUCCAUCUCGCUCACGCCAUCGGUGUUGCCCCGACUGAUAACAAGCGGAACACCCACACCUCUGGUUGCUAUGGUUCCCAGCUGUGGCUGGAGUCAGGGAGCAGAUAAGAACACAAAUAUAACCUGAUGACAAGACAUAAGUUGAGUGACGUACGUUUACAAAGUCAUUACCGCCAAGUGCAUUACUCUCAGCCGGAAACCGUUUUUUUAAUUAUUUUUCCUUACACAUAUUUGUAUGAAUACCCAUGUGUGUGUGUGUGUGUGUGUGGCUGUGUUCGUACAUGUAGGUAGGCGUGAGAGCGAGCGUGGUGUUCAGCAGAUCAGCUUGCAAGGCCGUAAUGUUACUGAAAACAGGGAGACGGCCUAGAUGGGUGUCGAGUGUGGAGUAGAUCUAAUCCAGAUUCAACUGUGUGUUUGGGGAUGAGAUUUUUAAAUGUCCAAGGUGAAAGCAAGUGCUUAAUUAUUUUUUUUAACAUGCGUUUGAGCCACAUAGAUGUGUACUGACACAGAGUUAUUGCACAAAUGUUUAGAUUUUUUUAAGCUUUUAUGAAUCUAUAAUCUCUGCAUGUCGGAGGUUCUCUCCUGCAGGUCUGGGUUGUUACCAGGGAAAUCUCCCAUCAAGGCAUUUUCUCCAUCCGCGAUCCGAUAUACCCAGACAGCGUUUGAAAGUAAACACAAUGUGGUGCUGGUGAACAGACAAACAGGAAUAUGUUUUGUAUGUGAUACAAUCCGAUUAGAGAUGACGAGAGUCGCAUUUCAAUGGAUUUUUUAAGCGUCCAAGAGAGGUAUAUUUUUCAUGUAAUAUUUUUCAUGUUUUCUAUUUUUCUUGAUGUUCAGAACUCAAAAUAAAAUGUCUUGAAAUCAUGA